UAAUAUAACAUACAGACUAUUCACCCCCGGUUGCUCGUGUCAUAUCAAUUUCCACUUCGUCAUCCUAGUCUCCUCGUCUUCUUCGUCUUCCUCGUCCACUUUCUCUUCGCUUUCUCCUACCCCUUCUCCUUCUCCUUCUCCUUGUGCUCUUUCUGUUUCUUAUCUUAUCACACACACAGCACCUCAUAUUCCAUAUUCCAUAUUGACCUGUCGAAUUGUACCAACUUCUCAAGGGAUUUGGUCCAACAAUUAUCCAAUUGAGCUGUUGUGAUCUGGGUUGACGGACAAAGCUAAAGAUUCAUCACGACCAUUGUGCUUUGCUGCCAAGCGUUGAUAAGACUAACAAAGACCAAUCUCAAACCUCGUCAUUUUUAAUCUUCGAAAGCUUCUUUCCCCUUUUGCUUCGCCACAUUAAACAUUAUACAACAAACCGUCCGAGGAGUCUAUCGCAGACUUCCUUCGCGACUUCCUCGGGCUUGCGACCCUCAUACAAUGCAUUCCGUGCAAACGGGGAUUUCCAACUAUUCAUCAAACUCGAGUAGCUGAUAAUUUUAAUAUCUUCUGCGGAGCGCUGCCAACACUCCUUGGUUGAACUUUUCUUUCAGAACCGCAAAGAUGUUCACUAUUCUCCUAGAAUUAUGGCAACAUAUUGCGGCUCUCAAGCCAUCUUUUAUUUCCAAAAGCCCCCAUUUCAAUUUCAUCACUGUACAUUAUUUCUGGAUCAUUGGAAUGACACUACUCGGUUCUCUCUGUUUAUAUAUUCGAGGAGGAAUGCCUUACAUAGAUGCGCUAUUCUUCGCAAGUGGUUGUGCAACCCAAAGUGGAUUGAACACUAUCAACAUUAACACCCUCAACACAUGGCAGCAAAUUGUCCUAUAUUUAAUACCGAUAUUCACGAACCCGAUCACGAUCAAUUCCUUUGUCGUUUUCCUUCGAUUAUACUGGUUCGAAAAACGAUUCCAGCACAUUGCUGCCCAAAACAAGAGAAACCGAAGGAGCAUCGCUAAAUCAUUCUCGAGAUCGAGAACCACUGGUGCGGAUACUGCAGAUGCGGAGAAAGGUGUCAAUGGCAGAAACAUUGUUGUAAUGCAUGGCACGACAAGAGCAAAUGUUCUGCGCGACAAUCGGGAUGCUAUUGAUGACAUCCAAGCGGCAAUCGAGAAAGAAAAGGCGUUAAACAAGGCAGAUGCUGUCAAUGGUUCUGGAAGUAGUAACAUAUCAAGUACGGAGACCGCGAACGAUCCCAGUCCUACUUCACACCACACGCAAAUUAAAUUCGCCGAUCAAGUAAAGAGGAGUAAUGGGCUGGCCGACGAAGAGCUGCGAUUACCAGUUCGUCGAAGGGAUGAAGACCAUAUUGCCUUUUUAGAACGUCAGAGAAAUCCAGAAGACAGAACUAUUCUUCGAAUUCCUGGACCAAGAGAUGCGGACGCUGGUGUUGCUCCACAAACCGUUGAAGAGGAGGAGGAAGAUCCAGUCGUAAGGACAUUAUCUCGCAGAGGUUCUAUGUAUUCUCGACCGGAAAGCCAUGGUCGUGGCACUUUGAAUGGAGAGUCGCAAUGGCAAGAUCAUUAUCCCUCAAGGAAGCGUAACGUUACAAUCGAAGUUCCAACACAUCCUAAAGUUGAGCGGGCGGUGGACGAUGUGAAAGCUGCAGGCGCUACCAUGAAGGGUGUGAUGAGAUUCCGCAACAACAGAAACACUGAGGGCCCCGAAGCCACGGAUGCUCAGGGAAAUGGAAAUGGCGCAGUCAUGUCGAAAUUGAAGUCAAGAGCUCCAACAUUUCAAAGCAUCAAAACUGCUCUUACUGGCGAAAAGGAGGAUCCCACUCCUUAUUUGAGUUGGGCACCAACCAUCGGUCGUAACUCAGCCUUCGUCGAUCUCACCGAGCAACAAAGAGAAGAACUCGGUGGAAUCGAAUACAGAUCACUGAAAUCUUUGGCUUUAAUUUUGUCUUGCUAUUUCCUAGGGUUUAGUAUAUUCGCCGUUGUUUGUCUAUUGCCCUGGAUUCUUAAUAGUCGUACCUAUGGCUCAAUAGUCGAGCAAGAUGGUCAGGGCAGAGUUUGGUGGAGUAUAUUCACAGCUAGUUCUGCUUUCACGGAUCUGGGAUUUACCCUCACCCCUGACAGCAUGAUCUCUUUCAAUACUGCUAUUUGGCCACUCUUGCUGAUGUCAUUUCUCAUUAUCAUCGGCAACACGGGAUUUCCGAUCAUGCUCAGAUUCAUCAUUUGGGUCACCACAUUGUGGGUGCCCAGAAACAGUGCGGUUUGGGAGGAAUUGAGAUUUUUACUAGACCAUCCUCGUCGAUGUUUUACGCUACUUUUUCCAAGUAAGGCGACUUGGUGGCUGUUCUGGAUUCUUGUAAUAUUGAACGGGCUCGAUUUACUGUUCUUCAUUAUUCUUGAUCUUGGCAAUUCUGUUGUGACUGAUCUGCCAGUCAAUAUUCGUGUUCUCGAUGGUUGGUUCCAAGCUGCUUCCACAAGAACAGCUGGGUUUGGAGUUGUCAAUCUUGCGGAACUUCAUCCUGCCAUCCAGGUCUCUUAUCUAAUCAUGAUGUAUAUUUCUGUUCUCCCUAUUGCCAUUUCCGUUCGUCGUACGAACGUUUAUGAGGAAAAGUCACUGGGUAUUUACGGAUCGCCAACAGAGGAAAAUGAGGACGAGGGGGAGCCAUCUUACGUCGGUGCCCAUCUUCGAAGACAAUUGUCUUUCGAUUUGUGGUAUAUUUUCUUGGGCCUUUUCAUCAUUUCAAUCGCUGAAGGCAGCCGCCUCCAAGGUACUGAUCCGUCUAUUAAUAUGUUUUCUGUCUUGUUUGAGAUUGUUAGUGCCUACGGUACAGUUGGUCUGAGUCUAGGAUAUCCGGGAAUCGAUGCCUCUUUAUCUGCCGAAUUCAAUGUUGUCUCGAAACUUGUCAUUAUUGCGAUGCAAAUUCGUGGGCGUCAUCGUGGUCUUCCGUACGAGCUCGAUCGAGCCAUCUUGUUGCCAAGCGAGCAUUUAGCAGAGAAGGAAGCUCUGGAUGCAGCACAACGAGUUCACCGUCGGAAUUCCAAUGCAACAGCUGUUAGCAAUGGAACAGAUCUCGCAACUGUCAACACUGGCGUUCAAAGAGUCAAUACGGAGCGUCCAGCUCCAUCAUCGAACUUCCUUAGUAGUCUUCUUCACCCAGGCCCGACUAUUCCAAACAGCCACCGGAAUCAAGGUACGACCCAUGUUAGGCGGCACAGCAUAGCAACACCAGAAAGAGGACGAAGUGUCAGUCCAAAAGCUAGUGGCGGCAUCUUCUCCAAAUGGAACAGCUCCGAUAAACAUCAGAAUAAUGUGGAUAAGAGAAUAUCCGAAUAAUUGAGAUAACUUUGGAACGGAGAUGUGAAUCAAUUGUACAAAAAAAUAGUUGUGGGAUUAGAGCACUGGACUUUGUUUCUUUUUUAAAAGGAGGAGGCUCCGAAAAUAUGGGAUACUACUACGAUAUCAUGAUACCUUAGAUCGAAUUUGCUUUUUGGGGCAUAUGUUUUGAUGAUUAUGGAGUUGGUAUGUUGACGGGUUUAUAGAUACGUAGGCACGGGUAGCGUUGUCGUUAUUGUGUUUGGGCAUGUUGGGAAACUCAAUGGAGUGUAGCGGAGCGUGGGUAAAUGAACCCUUAAAUUGGAGGUUCGGGAUUUGGGUUAAAUCAUAUUACAUGUAACGGCAUGCAUAGGUGUUUCGGGAGUUUUCAUGGCAUAUGAUACAUGUUAGCCUGGGCUUGUGUAGAUAUGAAGAUGGCUUGGCUUUGAAUAUUAUUUACAGAUGAUUUUUGCA